ACUCAUUAAAACAUUACUACGCUGAACAAUACCUCUCUGCAAGGCACACAGAAAACAGCAGAAUGACGGAAGCCCAGGAUGUGUUAAAAAACAUCCAGCGAAAACCUGGCAUGCAGAUCUGGACCAUCAGUAAAAUGAAAAUGGUCCCUGUCCCAGAGCAAGCAUAUGGAAAUUUUUUUGAAGGUGACUGCUACAUUAUUCUUAAUGUGAGCAACAGCGCCACUCAAUCCAGUGACAUCCACUACUGGAUAGGCAACGCUUCCUCUCAGGACGAGCAGGGAGCAGCAGCCAUCUACGUGACCCAACUGGAUGAGAGUCUCGGCGGAAGUCCGGUUCAAUACCGCGAAGUCCAGGGAAGUGAAUCGGCUAAAUUCAAAAGCUACUUCAAGAAUGGCCUCAUAUAUAAGAAAGGAGGUGUGGGGUCAGGAUUCUCACACGUGGAGACCAAUGUGUAUAACAUUCAGCGCCUGCUUCACGUCAAAGGAACGAAACAAGUGACUGCAAGAGAGGUGGAGGUUUCCUGGAGCAGUUUUAAUCUAGGGGACAUAUUCCUGCUGGACUUGGGAAAAGCAAUAAUACAGUGGAACGGUCCUCAAAGCAACAGACAAGAAAAAUUAAAGGCCGUGAUGCUGGCUCAGGACAUCAGGGACCGGGAGCGUGGAGGCCGCGCUCAGAUUGGUUUGAUUGAGGGUGGGCAGGAGGAAGCCUCUCCUGACCUCAUGAAGAUCAUGCUAUCUGUUUUAGGUCAUAGGACCGUUCACCUGAAAGAGCCAAUCCCUGAUGAUAAACCAGACCCAAACCAGAUCUCCAACGUCAAACUGUACCAUGUGUCUGAUGCCAGUGGUCAGCUGUUGGUACAGGAAGUGGCUGCCAGUCCACUAACCCAGGAUUUGCUGAAUUCUUCUGAUUGCUAUAUUUUAGAUCAAGGUGGCAGCUCGAUAAUGGUCUGGAAAGGAAAAGGAGCAUCAGAUGAAGAGAGACGCUCAGCACUGAGUCGGGCGGUCGGCUUUAUAAAAGCGAAGAACUAUCCGUCCAACACAAAAGUGGAGGUCAUGAGUGAAGGAGGUGAAUCCGCCAUGUUUAAACAUCUCUUCAAGUCCUGGAAAGAAAAAGGACAAACUCAGGGACUGGGAAAGAUGCAUACAGUGGGAAAGAUAGCUAAAGUGGAUCAGGUGAAGUUUGACGUCAUGGAGCUUCAUGCUCAGCCGAAGCUGGCUGCUCAGGAGCGGAUGGUGGACGACGCCUCGGGACAUGUUCAGGUUUGGCGCAUUGAGAAUCUUGAACUGAAGGAGGUAAACCCAAGCACAUACGGACAGUUCUACGGAGGAGACUGUUAUCUAGUGUUGUACACCUACAACAGAGCCAACAAAGCGCAGUACAUCCUCUACAUGUGGCAGGGUCGCCAUGCUACACAGGAUGAGGUGACGGCAUGUGCUUAUCAGGCGGUGAAUUUGGAUAACAAAUACAAUGGAGCCCCAACGCAGGUCAGAGUGGUCAUGGGAAAAGAGCCCAGACACUUCCUGGCCAUCUUUAAGGGCAGACUCAUCAUUUUUGAGGGUGGGACAGGUAGACCAGGUGUUGUGAACCCUGACCCUGGUGCCAGAUUCUUCCAGGUCAGAGGAACACACGAGAUGAACACCAAAGCAACGGAGGUGCCCGCCCGAGCCGGCUCGCUAAACACCAAUGAUGUCUUUCUGCUCAAAACUCAUCAGAAUGUCUUCCUGUGGUAUGGCAAGGGCUGCAGUGGAGACGAGAGGGAGAUGGGAAAAGCCGUAGCUGAUUUGCUUUCUGAGCAGGACAAGCAGAUAGUGAUGGAAGGACAGGAACCGGCUGCCUUCUGGGUGGCUUUGGGAGGGAAAGCUCCAUACGCCAGCGACAAGAGACUGGAGAAAGAAGUGGCACUUCACGAACCUCGUCUGUUUGAAUGCUCCAAUCAGACGGGCCGGUUCCUCAUGACAGAAGUGGUUGACUUCACACAGGACGACCUGGACGAGGAUGAUGUCAUGCUCCUGGACACCUGGGAGGAGAUUUUUCUUUGGAUCGGCAACUCAGCCAAUCAGUACGAGACUCAGGAGUCCUAUAGCAGUGCGGUGGACUAUCUUAAAAGCCACCCAGCCAGACGGGACCCUGGGACACCCAUCACCUCUGUGAAACAAGGCUAUGAGCCUCCCACCUUCACCGGCUGGUUUAAUGCUUGGGAUGCUCAUAAGUGGAGCGGAGGCCUUUCUUAUGAGGAGAUGAAAAGCAAGAUGGGUGAAAUUUCGCAAAUCACUGUGAGUCUCAACAACACAAACCUGAAUAAGAAGACAGGAGGAGCGGGCGGAGGGAGCUACAGUGCUCCCGGAGGUCCGGGGAAUCAGAGGGUGUCCUCCUCCGUCUCCGCUGUGUACGCAGACCAUUCUCCCAGCAGAGCAAUGCCUUCUGGGGUGCCUCAUUCUGAGCAGCUAGUUAAAACUCCUCAAGGAGUGGACCCUGAAAAACGAGAGGAAUAUUUGACUGACGCAGAGUUUGAGAAUCUCCUCGGAUGCCCCCGUGACAAUUUCCAGCGGCUGCCUAAAUGGCGUCAGAACGACCUUAAAAAGAAGGCAGGGCUGUUUUGAGUUGGUUUUAUUAAACUGAUCUUCAGACCCGAUUAUUGUGCUUCAUGUGUAUUUUGGGCUAGAAGAUUGUCACCAAGAAAAUGUCAUCGAUUUAUUCACGUUUCAACUCAAAAGCUGAUAGAAAUGCUUUGUAAAUAUCUUAAUAUCAAACUUUAAAAUUGUAUCGCCAAAAUAUCUGUAUUGGUCACAUACAGUAGAACGUGACUUCUAGUGCUAAUAAAAACACAAUGUAUGCCGAGAAA